GCGCGAUUCGAAUAAAUUUCUUAAAAACCCACGACACUCGACCGGAAAUCCGUCGAUAACCAACUUUUCAAACAAAACCAUCCUAUACCCCCAAAGAUCAAAGACAAAAUGGCAGGCGGUAGUGGCCCGGCUGGUCGUGGACGUGGCGGCAAGUUCAAGAAGUACACUCGUGGAGGUGGCCACCAUUUCUCCCGCGACCUUCGCCCCCUCGACGCCGAUGGCAACGAAGUCAGCAUGUGGGGCGCCGGCGGCGGCAAGAACAGGGAGUCUGAAUCCGAGGAGGAAUCCUCCGAGGAGGAGUCUUCCGAGGACGAGGCUGCCGGCCCCUCUAGCAAGGCCCCCAAGGCUGAGCUGACCCGCGAGGAACUCAAAGCACAAAAGAAGGCGAAGAAGGAGGCAGCCAUCGCGCGCGCCAAGGCCGCCGCGGUGCAGGUUGGCGACUUGCCCCCUAGCGACUCGGAGGAGGAGAGCGAGGAUGAGGCCAACGACGCGCCCAUGCCCGCCAACCCCAACCACUCCAAGGCUGCGCGCAACCAGACCAAGAAGCCCGUCGCCAAGGAGGAAUCGGAUGAUGAGGCUGUCGCUAGCCGCGCCAAGAAGCUUAGCAUAGCGGACUCGGCACCCGGCAACAGGAAGGAGCGUGAGGCGGCUGCGGCGGCUGCGGCGAAGGAGAGGUAUCAGAAGCUUCAUGAGGCCGGCAAGACGGAUCAGGCCAAGGCCGAUCUCGCGAGGUUGAAGCUCAUUCGUGAGAAGAGAGAGCAGGAGGCUGCUAGGAAACAGGCCGAAAAGGAAGAACGCGAAGCCCAGGAGAAGCUCAAGAGGGAACAGUUUGAGGCCAAGGAGGCCAAGAGGCGUGAGGCAGCCCUUGGUCCUCAGAAGAAGGCCAAGAGCAGCAAGAAAUGAAGGCAGUGAGGAUGGUGUUUUCUUUCUCGAUCUCUUCGUCCAUUCCCCGACCGCUGCGGACCUGCAGUGGCAUUUAUUUGAAUUUCUUCCGGUACCUUUCAUUCGUCCAGCCCUGUAUACCUGUA